AGCACCGGGAGCACCGGGAGCACCGGCGGUGCCGGGGUCCCCGUCAUGAUCUGCGGCAGGAGGGCGCGUCCCGCCGCCGAGCAGCUCCGCGCCCCGGCUGAAGGCGCCGGGGGCUCCCGCCGGCCCGGGAGAGCCCUGAAGAAAAUGGGGCUGACGGAGGAUGAGGAUGUGCAGCGGAUGCUGCAGGGGUCCCUGCUGUGGAAGGUGAAGGCCCGGGGGGGCUCCAGGGCGCGGCUGUUCCGCCUGCAGGAGGACGGGGUCACCGUCUGCUUCGAGGGACGCUUCCGGCGCGCCCGCUCCCCCCAGAGCUUCUCGGUGGCGCACAUCGAGGGGCUGCGCCAGGGCCGGCAGUCGGAGGGGCUGCGCAAGCACGGAGCCGCCUUCCCCGAGCGCCACUGCUUCAGCCUGGCCCUCAAGGGCCGCCGCAAGAACCUGGACCUGGCCGCCCGCGCCGAGGAGGACGCCCGGCACUGGGUGCAGGGGCUCACCAAGCUGAUGGCGCGGCUGCAGGCCAUGAGCCAGAUGGAGAAGCUCGACCACUGGAUCCACGGGGUCCUGCAGCGAGCAGACAGGAACAAGGACAACAAGAUGUCCUUCCGGGAGGUGAAGAGCAUGCUGAGGAUGCUCAACAUCGACAUGGACGAUGUCUACGCCUCCAAGCUCUUCAAGGAGUGCGACCGCUCGGGCAACGAGCGGCUGGAGGGCCGGGAGCUGGAGGAGUUCUGCCGGCGGCUGCUGCGGCGGCCCGAGCUGGAGGAGCUGUUCGGGCGGUACUCGGGCGAGGACCGGGUGCUGUCGGCCGAGGAGCUGCAGGACUUCCUGAGGGAUCAGGGCGAGGAGUGCAGCCUGCGCCAGGCCCGCGCCAUCAUCCGCACCUACGAGCUCAACGAGAAGGCCAAGCGGCAGGACCUGAUGAUGCUGGACGGCUUCAUGAUGUACCUGCUCUCGGCUGCCGGUGACAUCCUCAACCAGGAGCACACCGAGGUGCACCAGGACAUGAGCCAGCCCCUGAGCCACUACUUCAUCUCCUCCUCCCACAACACCUACCUGACCCGCAACCAGAUCGGCGGCGCCAGCAGCACCGAGGCCUAUGCCAGGGCGCUGAGGGCAGGGUGCCGCUGCGUGGAGCUGGACUGCUGGGAGGGCUCGGACGGGGAGCCCGUGGUGUACCACGGCCACACACUCACCUCCAAAAUCCUCUUCCGCGACGUCAUCGAGAGCAUCCGCGACUCCGCCUUCGAGAAAUCCCCCUACCCCGUCAUCCUGUCCCUGGAGAACCACUGCGGGCUGGAGCAGCAGGCCACCAUGGCCCGGCACAUGAGGGCCAUCCUGGGGGACAGGCUGCUGACACAGCCCCUGCAGGGGCAGGACCCCCACCACCUCCCCUCACCAGAGCAGCUGAAGGAAAAGAUCCUGGUGAAGGGCAAGAAGCUGCCAGAGCUGUGGCAGGAGUCACAGGGUGUCCCCUUCCUUCUGGACCCCGAGGAGGAGGAAGAGGAGGAGGAGGAAGAAGAGGAGGAGAAGGUGAAGGAGAGAAGCCCCCGGCGGUCGCUGCAGUCGCUGCAGGAGAUCAAACCUCUGCAGGCCAAGGACGCGUCGCAGGUGUCCCCAGAGCUGUCGGCACUGGUGGUGUACUGCCAGGCUGUCCCCUUCCCCGGGCUGGCCCAGGCCCUGCGCCACCCCCAGCCCUGCCAGGUGUCCUCCUUCAGCGAGAGGAAGGCACGGAAGCUCAUCAAGGAGGCAGGCCCGGCGCUGGUCCGGUACAACGCCCGCCAGCUCAGCCGCGUGUACCCGCUGGGGCUCAAGAUGAACUCCGCCAACUACAACCCCCAGGAGAUGUGGAACGCUGGCUGCCAGCUGGGUGAGACCCCGGGCCCCCCCGACCUGGCAGCCACCCCUGGAGCCGUCACCCCCCUGACAGCCCGUCCCGCCGGCCCCGCAGUGGCCCUCAACUUCCAGACGCCGGGCUACGAGAUGGACCUGAACGCCGGGCGCUUCCUGGCCAACGGCCGCUGCGGCUACGUCCUGAAGCCCCUCUGCCUGCGCAGCCCCCCCGGCGAGGGGUCCCGGCGCCUGGCUCUGCACAUCAGGGUGAUCACAGCACAGCAGCUGCCCAAGCUCAACAGGGACAAGGGCAGCUCCAUCGUGGACCCCUUCGUGCGCGUGGAGAUCCACGGGAUCCCGGCCGACUGCGCCAAGCAACAAACCCACCACAAGCUCAACAACGGUUUCAACCCGCGCUGGGAGGAGACGCUGCGGUUCCAGGUGCGGGCGCCCGAGCUGGCCCUGGUGCGCUUCGUGGUGGAGGACUACGACAGCACCUCCUGCAACGACUUCGUGGGGCAGUUCACGCUGCCCCUGCCCAGCAUGCGCCAAGGGUACCGCCACAUCCACCUGCUCUCCAGGGACGGGGCGUCCCUGUCCCCCGCCACGCUCUUCGUGCACGUUCGGUCCAAGAGCCUGUGA